AUGAUCAAGCGUCUCUUGAAAGAUUUUCCUCCACCGUCUUGGAAUCAGCUCAAGCCUUCAGAAAUCUUAACCUGGACGACCCAGCAGGCUUUAUACUAUACACCUUUUCUCUUAGGCUGCUUGAUAGCAAAUCCAAGGAGCGUUUUGAAGCAGAUGUUGGACCGAAAGAAUCAUUCUUGUAAAAAAUGCCCGUCCACAUAUUCUUGUCGGCACUGUGGCAAAAAACAUCAUUCCCUUUUACACUUGUCGAAUGCUGAAAAUGCCGCGAACCGUACGAAAGACUGGUUCGACAGCAAACCUGAGCCACCAAGUGAACAUUUUUCGCAUCCAGCCGGAACCGCUCAUACCAACCAAGUAAAACCUACUGCCGAUGUAUCACGCCUUGAUGAUCAAACACCGGUCUUAUCGGCAACAACAACUGGAGAGCCAAGCGUUAUUCUGGGAACCGCUGUUGCUCGUAUACAGGAUGGCAAAGGAAAUUUGCAGCCAAUUCGUAUACUCAUUGACUGCGGAUCACAACGGUCAUUUAUAACAACAGAGUGUGCCCGUCGGCUGUGUUUGCCGACUAAACCGAAUCCUCAACGAUUAGUCGGGCUGGGUGAGCAGUCAAUCUCAGGAGGCAAUUUGGCCUUAAAAUGCGUUUUAGCGCCGAGUAAGAACGACGCACCUCGGCUUUGUACAACCGCUAUCGUUUUAGAUAAAAUCACCGACCAGCUGCCAUCUUGCCAUUUACCAAAAAUUGUGCAACAACGCCUCGUUGGAUUUGACCUCGCCGACCCUACGUUUUAUGAACCCGGUCCAAUUGAAUUCCUCCUUGGGGCUGAUCUAUUCGGAGAUAUAUUAUCUGGUAAUUCCGUGAAUUUACCUGGUGGACUCCCAACAGCCCUUAAUACUAUUUUUGGGAUAGUUUUAAUGGGUAGAAUUUGUGAAGUGUCGUCGAACACCGCAUGCUCAUUGUUUGUGAAGGAGACAAGUGAGAAUUCAUUUGCGGACCUGCAGAAACUUCUUACUCGGUUCUGGGAGAUAGAGGAAGUAGAUUCAACUAUUCAUGUCAAUCCUCUCGAAUUACAAUGCGAAGAUCAUUUUGCGAAGACCCAUACGAGGGAUGAUUCGGGGAGAUAUGUUGUAUCUUUGCCCUUCAAGGAAAACCCGGUGAUAUUAGGCGAGUCAAAGCCGGGUGCUCUUGUCCGUUUUCGCAAAUUAGAACAUCGAUUCGGAAAGGAGCCUAGCUUAAAAGAAAAUUACGAUACUGUAAUACAAGAUUAUUUGUCAAAAGGUUACAUCUCUUGUGCAUCGCAGCCAGGCCAAUAUUUUCUCCCACAUCAUGGAGUGAUCAAGGACAGCACAUCGACCAAGCUUCGCGUCGUAUUCGAUGCUUCUUUUUCUACCAGCCACGGGUCUUUAAAUGACAAGUUAUUGACUGGCCCAAAGUUACAACGUGAUAUAAAAGAUGUACUACUUCAUUUUCGCACAUUCCAGAUCGCAAUGACUGCCGAUAUCGCGCAGAUGUACUUACAGAUUGUAGUAUUUCCACGUGAUCGUACUUUCCAACAUUUUCUAUAUAGAACCGAACCUAGUGAGGCAGUGACGGAAUAUGAAUUGAAUCGCUUGCCUUUUGGUUUGUCAUCCUCACCGUUUCUUGCCUUACGAGUUCUCAAACAACUUGCUGUUGAUGAAGGUGCUGAAUCUCCCAAUGCUGUGAAUACUCUUAGGUAUGGCAUGUAUGUAGACGAUGCCUUAACUGGAGCAGACACUGUCGUUGCUGCUAAAAAAUUACAGGGUGAACUCAUUGAAUUAUUAAAACGAGGCGGUUUCGAAUUGCGCAAAUGGACCAGUAAUUGUGCUGACGUAUUAUUAGAUGUCCCUAUUGAGGCACAAAACCAGCAUGUACCUCUCUCAAAUUUAGAAGAUACCGCAGUAAAAAUUCUUGGUAUGCAAUGGGAACCAAACAGGGAUUGUUUGUCGUAUAAAAUUGUAAGUCAGGACGCUGCUUUGACAAAGAGAGGCAUACUUUCGACAAUCGCACGAAUGUAUGAUCCACUCGGUUAUCUAGCACCCGUAGUUUUUCAAGCCAAGUGUAUCCUGCAACGUCUCUGGGAACUUCAAAUUGAUUGGGACAGACCUUUACCAGUAGAAGUGGCCAAUGAUUGGAAAGUAUUUUUACAAGAAUUACCCACAUUGGGAAAUAUUACGAUUCCACGAUGUUUGUUUUCCAAUACCUCAAAGGUUGCGACCGUAUUAGGCUUCGCUGACGCAUCUUCUUUAGGCUACGCUGCCGCGAUUUACCUGCGAGCCGAAGAAGCGGAGGGCUUAAUCAAGUCGCAUUUAAUAUUUGCAAAAACUCGUCUAGCUCCUUUAAAAACCAUGUCGAUACCUCGCUUAGAAUUGUGCGCUGCCCUUUUGUUGGUAAAAUCAUUAGAGUCUUUAAAUCAAUAUUUUAAACAAAUCACCGUGACGUCCACAUACCUUUUUACGGAUUCAAUGACGGUUCUAUCUUGGUUGCGAACACCUCCACACCGUCUUAAAACGUUUGUCGCUAACAGAGUGGUUCGAAUUCUGAGUUCGUCGUCCUUAAAUACCUGGUUCCAUGUUCGAUCAGAAGAUAAUGCCGCCGAUCUUGCAUCUCGAGGUUCUAAUCCAUCAGACUUUUCGAUGAGAACUAGCUGGUGGCAAGGUCCUUCGUGGACUGUUCGUCCCUUUCAUGAAUGGCCAGUUAAUGCAUGUGAAAUUGUUUCUCUUUCUCAAGACUUGUCAGAGGUCAAACCCAUAACCGCAUGCGUAGCUCAUCAAGUCAAAUCACCGGAAUCACUGUUUGUUCCAUUUUCGUCCUAUUCCCGUAUGCUGAGGAUAUAUUCAUUAGUGCUACGUUUCAUGCACAAUUGCAGAAGUGAUCUACAACAGCGACGAACCGGAUAUAUUCAGCUGUCUGAAAUCCGUGAUACGGCGUUCCGUCUUAUAUUACAAGUCCAGGCGUACCAUUUUCGUGAUGAGCUGGCGAUUUUGGAUUACGGGCGGUAG